AUGAAUCGAAUUGUAAUAUUUUUAUAUUUUUUAAUAUCAAUUGCUCGCGGAGAAGCAGUUCUGGACCUAAAAAGCUUCAACGAAAAGAAGCUGCAAGAGUAUGAAGUCGUUUUAGUAAAUUUUUAUGCCGAUUGGUGUCGAUUUUCUCGACAAUUACAUCCGAUUUUCGAACAGACCGCCACUGUGCUAGAAGAAACCUACCCAGCUGAAUCUAAAAAGGUUCUUCUAGCAAGAGUCGAUUGCGAAGAUCAACAAGACCUCGCGCAAAAAUUCCACAUCUCCAAAUACCCAACAAUCAAGAUAUUCCACAACGGGCGAAUUCUCAAACGAGAAUAUCGCGGAAAUCGAUCUCCAGCUGAGUUCAAAAAAUUCAUCGACAACAUGCUUGUUGAUCCAGUAAUACAAUUUACAUCGCUCGAACAUGCAAAACAGCUCGAGGACCAACGGCAGAAAGGAAUGCUCAUUGGAUACUUUGAAAAAGAAGAUUCGGAGACGUACAAGGUCUUCGCAAAAGUCGCCAAUGUUCUCCAGGACGAUUGUGAAGCCAUCGUCGGGUUUGGCAACGUUUCUUAUCCGGAACGACAUACAGGCGAAAAUAUCGUCUUCAAAGAUGUUGAAAACGGCAACGCGCCCGUUUCGGAGGAUGUCUUUUUGAACGCGAUGCGAAAUUAUCAGCUGUUAUUCGAUUGGGCGCAUGAUAAAUGCGUUCCAGUUGUGCGGGAAAUAACCUUUUUGAAUGGAGAAGAAUUAACUGAAGAAGGACUGCCAUUCUUGAUACUCUUCCACAAGAAAGAAGACACCAAAUCGUUGAAGGAAUAUUCCAACACGAUUUCCCGCACACUCAUCGGCCAGAGAAGCAACAUAAACUUCCUCCACGCAGAUUGCGACCAGUUUUCUCAUCCCCUCCACCAUCUUGGAAAAUCUCCCGCCGACUGUCCUCUCAUUGCUAUUGAUAGUUUCAAGCACAUGUAUCUCUAUCCAGAUUACACCGAAGCGCACAAGGAUCAAAAGCUUCUUCAAUUUGUCAAAGACCUGAAUUCCGGCAAGCUUCAUCGAGAGUUUCAUAAUGGACCAGAUCCAACAGAGAAACCAGAUGAAGAUGCUACUGAAGGUAUUGAAACAACUGACAGUAAUCCUAAUUCUGUUGCUUCUGAAACUAAAUCAGAAAGUACAGUCGCUCAAGAAGAACAUCAGCCAAUUAAAAUCGAACCUAGGGAGAAGGCCACAAUCGCGUUGGAAAAAGAGUCAGUCUUCAAGAAGCUCAAGCCGUCCAAGCAUCGCCACUCGUUCCCAAAAGGCGAGCACGACGAACUGUAA